AUGCCGGUCAAGUUUCGCAAGAUGUUCGGACUGGGCAACGACUUCAUCGUCAUCGAUGCUCGUCAAGACAGCAAGCUUUCUGCUGCUGCUGAGCCUCGUAGAGCCACCGCGUUGACGGACAGGAAGACAGGGAUCGGCUGCGACCAGCUUAUCAUCCUGGAGGCUUGCGAGGAUGCCAUGUGCCGCAUGAGGAUCAUCAACGCCGACGGCUCGGAGGUUGGAGCUUGCGGCAACGCCACCAGGUGCAUCGGCGGCCUUCUCUUCCAAGAGAAACCAGACGCACCGGAGGCGACCAUCCGCACCAAGGCUGGUCUGCUGCGAUGCUUCAAGUGUGAAGACCCCGACAUGAUCACGGUGGACAUGGGGGAGCCGGGCUUGAAGUGGGAGCAGGUCCCUGUGAGCAAGGAGGUGGACACUCUUCACUGCAAGGAGGCGUGUGAGGGUCCAGGGCUCACGGACUGCGCAUGCUGCAGCAUGGGUAACCCACACGCCACGUUCUUCGUGGAUGACUGCGAGAAAGUUCCGCUUCAGGAGAUUGGUCAUGAUCUCGAGCAUCACGCCUUCUUUCCGGAGCGAUGCAACGUGUCUGUUGUCACGGUAAGCAAAGACAAGAAGAGCAUCCGCAUGCGCGUGUGGGAGCGAGGAACCGGCAUCACCCUCGCAUGCGGCACUGGCGCCUGUGCCACUGCCGUGAACGCAAUUCGCCGAGGAUACGUGGGCAAGGCUGAGAACUACACGACGGAGGUGAAGAUGGACGGAGGUUCGCUUGUCAUCACGUAUGCUCCUCCUGGUAGCGGCGGCGAGAAGGAAGGUCACGUGCUCAUGACGGGUCGCUUCGACACGGCCUUCACUGGGGAGAUCCCCGACUCUCUGUGGGGAUAA